CCUCCAGCCACACAUGCAUGGCGGCGGACGUGGUCUCCGACCUGGUCCUGUCCUUCUUCUGCUGCUGCUUCUACGCUCCCGGCGACCACCACCGCGGCGGCGGAACGCGCCACUACGGCGGCGGCCACGCGCACCCGACCGGCCGUGAUGCGGCGUAUCACCACCGCGGUGCCGGCAGCCGUACGGCGAGCGGCCGGAGCAGGAGGACCGUGUCCCUGCAGACGGUGGAGCUUAAGGUGAGGAUGUGCUGCGAGGGCUGCGAGAGAGUCGUGCGACAAGCCCUCCAGAACCUCCGAGGAGUGGACAGGGUGGAUGUGAACGUGCCAAUGGAGAAGGUGACGGUGACCGGGUACGUGGACAGGGCGAGAGUGCUGCAGGAGGUGCGGCGGAGCGGGAAGAAGGCGGAGUUCUGGCCGAGCGGCGGCACGCCGCUGUGGUUCACGUCCCCCAGGAGCUACUUCCGCGACGACGGCGGCUCGUACCGCCGCAACAGCUACAACUACCGCCGGCACGGGUACAGCGACGGCGACCGGCACGGCCGCAUGCGCGAGCCCGCACGCGGCGCCGGCCCCGUCGGUAACAUGUUCAACGACGACGACGUCAACGCCGCCUGCCGGAUCAUGUGACCCAUGCGGAUGUCUUGCGGUUGCUGCAGUUUCAGUUUCUCGUUUCUCAUCAUCUCACAUGGGCUCGCGAUGCAAUGGCUAAUGGAUUACAGUGGCCCUUAAUCUUACCAGGGCCCCACAUCCAGGAUUAACCAUCUCAUUUUUUUAUUCAAAUUCCGGUCAUUAGCAAAAACGGUAGACCGGAUGAAUUUUGUCGAAUUUCCCAACCGGUUUGCAUUUUCAAAUAAAAAGCGAGAUUUGGGAAUCUCGGUCAAAAAAUCGUGUUUCCUGAGCGAUUUCGACGUGUUUUCACUGGAAAUGCUAGUUAAGUUUGAAAAGGUUAAAAUUUAAUUUCUGAAAUAAUCUGUUUGUAAUUUGUUUAAUUCAUGUUGUACAAGGGUUUAGGGUUUAGAGAAAGACGUGCAUAUGGUCUUCAUAGACUUGGAGAACGAAGUCUUAUGACAAAGUACCUAGGAGUGUAAUAUGAUGGGCCUUGGAAAAACACAAAGUAUCAACAAAGUACAUUCAUCUUAUUAAA